AUGGAAGUUUACAUCGAUGAUAUGCUCGUAAAAUCACUUCGCGCCAAGGACCAUCUCGACCAUUUGCGAGACUGCUUCAAAACGCUGAACGAGUACGGGAUGAAGCUCAACCCGGCGAAGUGCACCUUUGGCGUCACGUCUGGAGAGUUCCUAGGUUACAUUGUUACCCAGCGAGGCAUCAAAGCAAACCCAAAACAUAUAACGGCAAUCCUCGAUCUCCCUAGACCAAAGAACACCCGCGAGGUUCAGCGUUUAACCGGAAGGAUUGCGGCACUAAACAGGUUCAUCUCAAUAUCCACAGACAAGUGCCUCCCGUUCUAUGAACUCCUGCGGGAAAAUAAGAGAUUCGUCUGGGACAAAAAAUGUGAGGAAGUCUUCAAUCAGCUCAAGCAUUACCUCAUGAAACCUCCUGUUCUGUCGAAGCCCGAGGUCGGGGACACUCUAUCUAUAUACAUUGUCGUCACCUCCUCGGUAGUUAGCAGCGUCCUAAUACGAGAAGACCGUGGCGAACAGAAUCAUAUUUUCUACAUCAGCAAGCGAAUGACGGAACCAGAAACGAGAUACCCAACCUUAGAAAAGAUGGCCCUCGCCAUCAUCACUUCGGUAAGAAAACUCCGACCUUAUUUCCAGUCGCACACUAUCGAGGUACUCUCCAAUCAUCCCCUUAGGACGGUAAUGCAAAAUACCAACCAAUCAGGAAGGCUAACAAAAUGGGCAGUGGAGCUUAGCGAACACGACAUCGUGUACAAGAACCGCACAGCAGCUAAGUCGCAAGUUCUUGCUGAUUUCCUGAUCGAGCUAUCGCCGGAGCUAGAACAAGAUCUCGUGCUGCCAAGUCUGAACUGGAUAUUGCACGUAUAUGGUUCAUCCACGAACAAAGGUUUAGGGGCAGGAAUACAACUCCAGUCACCAACAGGCGAACUAAUCCGACAGUCAUUCAGUUUUGAUUUUGCGGCGUCCAACAACGAAGCCGAAUACGAGUCUCUCAUCGCAGGCCUUCGUCUCGCUAAAGCAGUAAAGGCUAAACGAGUCAGCGCAUACUGUGACUCCCAACUCGUGACUUCGAAUUCUUCGAGCUCACGAAAGUCCCUCGCUGAUCGUGUAGUUUACUUCCUAGUCUUAACAGAUUACUUCACUAAAUGGGUAGAAGCAGAAGCCUACGCCAGCAUUACCGACAAGGAGGUGCAGAAGUUCGUUUGGAAAAACAUCAUCUGCAGGCACGGGCUCCCAUAUGAGAUAGUCACGGACAACGGAUCCCAAUUUAUCUCCUACAACUUCAAAGAGUUCUGCGACAGAUGGAGAAUUCGACUCAACAUGUCCACACCGAGAAACCCGCAGAGCAACGGUCAAGCCGAGUCCACAAACAAGACAAUCAUCGACGGACUCAAGAAACGACUUGACUUGAAGAAGGGUUGUUGGGCCGAUGAACUGGAUGGGGUCCUCUGGUCCCAUAGAACAACACCUCGCGGAGCAACGAAAGCCACCCCCUUCUCGAUGGCCUGUGGAGUCGAAGCAAUGACACCUGCUGAGGUAAACGUGACGAGUUUACGCCGUUCCAAAAUGCCGCAGAACGUCGAACUUAACCAAGAUAUGCUCCUUGAUGCACCGGAUGAUAUAGAAGAAAGACACGACCAAGCGCUGCUUCGUAUCCAAAACUAUCAUCACCAGAUCGAAAGCUACUACAACAAGAAGGUUAAGUCCCGCCCCCCUCGAAUUGGGAAAUCUGGUCCUCCGGAAGGUGUUCGAAAACACUAA